UCCCGCGUUUGCUUGAGCGCUCCGUCCUCCUCUUCUUCUGGCUCCUCUUUCUCUCUCCCUCUCUCCCUGGGUUGGGGUGAACAGCAGGUGGCGCAGGCAGUGAGUGCAGCCUCAGCUGGACACGGGGAUUAGAAAUCGGUGACACUCCGCUGACAUCUGCACUGGAGCUUCACACUGGAUGGACAACAAGCCCACCACGGAAAACUCAGGUGUCACAGCAAUAGCGUCACAGGCUGAGGUUGGGUGAAUAAACAUGCACAUGGACUGGAUGAGACAAGCCAGCACUGGAAUCAGAACGUGUGAGAAACAAACGGCUCAGAAAAAGAGAAAGAAGCAAAGUCCCUAAGUACAUGUUGGUCCUCAGGUGGGACCACACGGAUCAUGUAAGCCCUAGCAGCCUCUGCCGAUAAGAAGGGGUGAUACCAAAACAUGGAGGUGCUGCUCUGUGUCUGUGCCCUCUGUCAUCUAUUGCUAGGCAAACCUUGAUAUCAACAUGGGGUCAGACAACCCUUAAAACUAUGUAUAUAUUUAUAAGAACUGACUUCUGUCAGCAUGCAAAUGGAGCAUAGAUGAGAGAACCUUUUGAGACAGAGAAUCAGGCACUGACACGAUUGAAGUAUGUAGGCUAUAUGACCUAUGAUUCAGGACCUUCGAAGCAAAGACACAGGCAGUAUGGAAGUGCAGACCACCUCUCUGGUUCAGGUAUAUGUCAACGGUACGGAGCAACUAAACACCUCAUACGACUACAACGUCACGGACGCGUCUGAGAACCCAGACACCUAUCAGUUCUACACCAUCGGCCUCUUCCUCUCCUGCCUCUACACCAUCCUCCUCUUUCCCAUCGGCUUCAUUGGGAAUAUACUCAUCCUGGUGGUCAACCUCAACCACAGGGAGAAGAUGACCAUCCCGGACCUCUACUUUGUCAACCUGGCGGUCGCAGACCUCAUCCUGGUGGCAGACUCCCUCAUCGAGGUCUUCAACCUCAAUGAGAAGUACUAUGAGUAUGCUGUUCUGUGUACCUUCAUGUCCUUAUUCCUGCAGGUCAACAUGUACAGCAGCAUCUUUUUCCUGACAUGGAUGAGCUUUGACCGCUACGUAGCUCUGGCCAGCUCCAUGAGCAGCAGUCCUUUGAGGACCAUGCAGCAUGCCAAGCUCAGCUGCAGCCUCAUCUGGAUGGCCUCCAUCCUGGCUACGCUGCUCCCCUUCACCAUUGUCCAGACCCAGCACCGCGGCGAGGUGCACUUCUGCUUCGCCAACGUCUUUGAGAUCCAGUGGUUAGAGGUGACCAUCGGCUUCCUGGUGCCCUUCUCCGUCAUCGGCCUGUGCUACUCGCUGAUCGUGCGCAUCUUGAUGCGGGCGCAGAAGCACCGGGGCCUGUGGCCUCGCAGACAGAAGGCCCUGAGGAUGAUCGGGGUGGUGGUGCUGGUGUUCUUCAUCUGCUGGCUGCCUGAGAACAUCUUCAUCAGCAUCCAGCUGCUGCAUGGCACGGACGACCCGGCCCAGCGCAGCACCUUCAGCGGCCACCUGUGGCACGACUACCCGCUGACGGGCCACAUCGUCAACCUGGCCGCCUUCUCCAACAGCUGCCUCAACCCCAUCAUCUACAGCUUCCUGGGGGAGACCUUCAGAGACAAGCUAAGACUCUUCAUCAAGCAGAAGGCCAGCUGGUCCGUGCUCUACCGCUUCUGCCACCACACCCUAGAUUUACACAUACCUGUGAGGAGUGAGGUGUCGGAGGUGUAACGCUGCAGGAUCAGCAACAUGUUUGAAUGAAAGGUUAGGAUGUAACAGAAGUCCAGGGGGGAGGAAGAGCUAUGUGCUGCUGUGUUUACCCAGCAGGAUCCUGGGAACUGUCUUCAUGACACCCUCAAAGGCUUCCAGAAUUCAGCUUCUUAUAGGUGGUAGAGAUACCAUGGAGGAAAGCUAGAAACUGACCAUGAGGCUGCCAUUUUGUCCUCUGUAAGUGCGGGUGGAGAAUGCACUGUGAAUCUACAUGUAACUACACUGUGUAUCUAAUAAUGAGAUCUGGGUAUUAAAUACACAUUUGGAAAAUGGAGAAGGCAAAUUGAUGAAAAUACCAGGUUUGGUGUUCUUUCAAUGUCUUCUCUUCGCUCAUGAAACCGCAACAAUCUACUCAGAGAAAUGGCGGUGAGGGAACAAAUUAAAACAGACACAUCAAAGGGACCAGUGACUUGCUUCUCCUUGACCCCAGUGUGGUUAUUGUAACACUGUAUACUGCUCAGAACUGUUUGGGUAACCCAUAAGACCGCUAGACAAACCUGUUGUCGGCUCGUUUUUUUAAUGUACUGACAAUGCCACUGUAUUGUAAGUAGAUGUCCUUUUCUUUGUUUGCCUGUGCAAGCAUUUGUCCACUAACACCACUUUUAUUUAAAUAAAUAAAAAUACAUGUUUUUUUUUUUUUAGGAAGCUGUUGAGAAGCUCUUUGCUGACUUAGUACCGAAAGACAGGAUAUGCCAAAUCUAAACAAAUCAUUUUUUCUACAUAUGAAAACAAAUUGUAGGUGGUGACUUGCUGCAUGCGCCCAGACGUCCGAAAAAAAGCUUCUUUACCUUUGAUUUUCUCCUAUUUUUAAAGAAUUAAUUUGAAAUGUUUUAAACAAAACAUAUUAGUCAAAUCAAGGUAGACCGCAAAGGAAACAUGAAUGCUCAUUUUCCUCAAGCAUGCACAAACAGUUGUGUGCCAGUGCCCUCAGUAUUUGGAGAACGCUAAAUAUAUCUAGUCAAGACCGAUACACAUUCUAAAGACAGAUGUUAUCCGCAGUAUUAUGACCCUAGUUGUCAACUCCUGUUUGCCUGAGGCAGAAACAAGGAGGCAGGUGUUGUUCGGAGCGGAGGAGAUGGGAUUAUAUGUAAACACAUUACUCAGCGAAGACGAUGGAAGGCGCUGCUAUCAUCUCUUGUGUUUACUCUCAGUCUCCAACAGUUUCAGUAAUUCUAAAACUACAGUGAGCAGGGACAGAUUUAUUUACCAAAUGCUUGUUUAUUUACCAAAUACUAUUUUGGGUAAGGGCUGAGGGUAAGGGUAAACAUCCUUUUAAACAUCAUUUUCUGUCUUGCUAAUCUGUCUGUGAAAUAAGGCUGAAUAAAGACCAGAUCUUUUA